AUGAAGUCAAGUACGGCAGGUGUACCAAUCGCAGGAUCAGCGGUGGAGCAAGUAGAGCAAGUGGUGGGAUACGUGAGUUUAGGAUACCCAUUUGGUCUACUAGCCUCUGUUCUCUUUGGACGGCACCACAAGGCCAUUCUCUCAUCCCCCAAACCCAAACUCUUCGUCAUGGGAACACGAGACGGCUUCACCAACGUUAGCCAGCUCAAGAAGAAGCUUAAAUCUGCAGCGGGACGCACCGAAACGCACCUCAUUGAAGGAGUUAGCCAUUUCCAGACGGAAGGACCUGAAUAUGAUUCUCAGAUGGCCGAUGCCAUAUGCAAUUUUAUUUCAUCCUUGUAA